CUUUACAAAACAAAAGCUCUCCCUCUUCCUCCCUCUUUCUCUCUCUUAAAAAGCCUUCUAUCUUCUACCAGCACUAGGAGUUCCUUCGCUUUUCUCCAUUUGCGCCUCACAUACACAAAAUAUUCUCAAUCCUUUCCGCUUCUCCUUUAAUAGGUAAAUUAAAAGAGAAAACACAAACCUCCUUAAGCCUUUCAUCCAGAAACGAUAACCCAUUUCUUGUUUUAUACACUCUCUCUGUCUCUCUGUCCACAAUUUUCUUGUUUUUUCUUUGAAACUAAACAACAAUGGUAGACGUGGACCGGAGAAUGACCGGCCUAAACCCGGGUCAUAUUGCCGGCUUACGCCGUCUCUCAGCUCGAGCAGCUGCCCCAUCAACAACCACCACACUCCCACCUCGCAACAGCCUCCUCUCUUUCUCUUCAUUAGCUGAUAAAGUAAUUACCCACUUGCGCAGUUCUGGCAUCCAAGUCCAACCUGGUCUUACUGAAUCUGAAUUCGCCCGAUCGGAGGCUGAAUUCGGCUUUGCUUUCCCUCCUGACCUCCGCGCCGUCCUCUCUGCUGGCCUCCCUGUCGGCCCAGGAUUCCCUGACUGGCGCUCUGCUGGUGCCCGCCUCCACCUACGCGCCUCCCUUGACCUCCCAAUCGCUGCUAUUUGCUUCCAAAUUGCCCGAAACACUCUGUGGUCGAAAUCUUGGGGUCCGAGACCAUCCGACCCGGAAAAAGCCUUACGAGUCGCGAGAAACUCACUUAAAAGAGCCCCUCUUUUGAUUCCCAUUUUUAACCAUUGUUACAUUCCUUGUCAGCCAUCCCUAGCGGGUAAUCCCAUUUUCUUUAUCGAUGAAAGUCGGAUCUUUUGUUGCGGGUUGGAUUUAUCAGAUUUCUUUGACCGUGAAUCUCUCUUCCGGAGCUCCGAAUCUCACCCGAUUAUCAUAAAAAAACAGAAGUCUGUUAGUGAGAAAUCUACUGGGUUAUCCAACAAUCUGUCGCGGAAGAGUUUGGAUACGGGUCUGGUAAACGGGUCGAGGACACCGAGAUGGGUAGAGUUUUGGAGUGACGCGGCGGUGGACAGGAGGAGGAGGAAUUCAGCGUCGUCCUCGUCGGGAUCUUCGUCCCCGGAACGGUUUUUUGAGAUGAGAAGAUCCGAAAUACCGAAAUGGGUGGGGGAUUAUAUAGAGAAAAUCGGGUCGGUUUUGAGAGAAGGCGGGUGGAAGGAGUCCGACAUAGAGGAAAUGGUUGAGGUAUCAGCGUCGGGUUUUUUCGAGGGUGAAAUGGUAAUUUUAGACAAUCAAGCAGUCCUGGAUGCUUUGCUUUUGAAAGUGGAUCGGUUUUCGGACUCUCUACGUAAAGCCGGGUGGAGCUCCGAGGAAGUAUCGGAUGCCCUGGGGUUUGAUUUUAGACCAGAGAAGGAGAGGAAACCGGUUAAAAAACUGUCGCCUGAACUUGUUGAGAAAAUUGGGAAAUUGGCUGAGUCGGUUUCCCGGUGAUGAUAGAAAAGUGGCAUCAUAUAUAUAUAUAUUAUAUAAAUAUAUUGUUUUUCCAAGGGUUUCUCGGGGUUGGGUUUUCUUUUUCUUUUUUCUUUUUCUGAUAGUAAUUAUAAAAAAAUGGAGAAUUGAAAAAAUGUAUGUA